CCUAGUGCGCACGCGCAGUUCUCUGGGCGGCCUCUUGCUUCAUCUCUCGCAGGGCAAGGCACCGCCUAACGUCCGGCUCCACCCCUUGAGUUGCCAUGGAGACCCAGCGGCCAAAGCCCGCCCGGGACAGCGCCCUGGGCCUGGUGGCCUCUUGCGGGCUUUGCCUGGGAGAUGUUGCGCCUCACAGAGCUUUCCGGGAAGAGCGCGGACUCGGCGGAGAUGCGGUCCGGGGCCCUGGGCCACUGCAGGCACUUCUUUUGGCUGGGCGUCGCCUUCGACACGGUGGGUGUGGCAGUGCUGUUCACUGGCGUCUUCGCCAACCUGUUUUUCUACGACAUGCUGCUCUAUCUGGGUUCCAUCAUCAUCUUCGUCAGUCUCUUGUGGUGGAUCUUCUGGUACACCGGCAACAUCGAGGCGCUCCCGGAAGACCCCUUGAGGAGGACUUCGCCUCGCGCGGGAGAGGUCGGUAUGCACCGCAGCGGCAGCCGUCGCUUCUCACUGACCAUCAGGAGCGUCUCCAACACCUUCCGGCGGAUCCGCCGGCGGCGGCGGCGGCGGCUCCUCCCGAGGGUCCUCCAGAUGAUGAGUAGCCUCAGCUCGACCGACCUGGGCCAGCUGGAAGGGAACAGCGAUGCCGGGACCGAAGGUGGCAGAACUUCGUUCCAUCCGGCGAAGCCUGUGUCCAUUCUAAACAAGCUACAGCUUUGCCCAAUCCAGGCCUCUAAGAGCCUGCCUUUGGUCCCUUUGCAACAUCCUCUCACCAUUUGUACUUCUAGGAGUCAGCCUGUCUUUUCGGUGACCUCGCAGUGCUACCCUCUGGUGUCUGGAGCUUCUGGCAGCUACUCCCAGAUGGCUUUGUCCUCUGACAGUCAGGUGCCUGAGGACCUUGACCCUCAGGGGCGAUCUAAGAUCAGUGUGGCCUCUCGGAUCUACCCUGUGCAACGGGUAGACAGUCAGAGCCACCUCCUGGUGCCCGUGCCCUCUGAAAGUUCCCCUGUGGUACCCUUGACCUCUCAGAGCCAAGUGCAAAACUCUGUGUCCUCAGGCAGCUAUAUGACUGUGGACCUUGACCCUCAGGGGCGAUCUAAGAUCAGUGUGGCCUCUCGGAUCUACCCUCACCUCCUGGUGCCCGUGCCCUCUGAAAGUUCCCCUGUGGUACCAGUGACCUCUCAGAGCCAAAACCUGGGCUCUGUAGCCAAAGAAGGCCAGCUCCAGAAUCUUCCUUCUGCCUCUCAAACUCAGCCUGAGACCGGUAAAGCUUCUGAGAGCCAUACUUUGGGCAUGGAGGUUCCUGUGGUACCACUUGGGUUUGCUCAGAUUUCUCAAAGUCGUUCUUCACAUGUCCAGGAGGUUCCUAAGAACUCAAGUGCUAAAGCUGCUGAGACUCUCCCAGCAAUCAGCCAGAAACUAGCUGAGGAACAACUUGACCCUUCAUUGUUUGUCUCUGAGGUCACACAUUCAGACAGGCAUUGUGACCCUACUGGCAACCUUCCAGCCACCAGUGGAGUGAGAAAAAGUCACCCUUUCUAAUAGGAAGCAGACCCCAGCCAUCUGAAUGUCUAUUAAGGCCUUUGCCAAGUAAGUGCCUUGGAGGAAAACUUACCUACGUUACCCUUUUUAUUGCCACUGUCCUGGUAGCUUCUCAACUCUUGUAAUUAGAAAAAAGUGGCCUUGGACUUCAGAGAUAAGUCACUUUGAGAGUUGGUAGGCUUUUAAAACUAGUUCUCAGGUUUUGACUACUUUAUCGGACAAUAAAAUGUUGUUUUGUUUAAGGUUAGAGGAAAGGCCAGAGGUGUGUAGUUGUUUAGGAAGUCCUGAAGAGGGAGGUGGAGAACUGGACCCUGCAAGACUGCUCCUGGAAGAAGACAACUUCAGUUUGCACAGGGACAUGGCAUUAACUGACACUGAAUCUUAGGAAGAGAGUUAAUCUUUUUCAAUAUAUUUGGUUUUUGCCAAAGAGGCUAUAUUUUGUUGGGAGACAAUGCUCUUUAAUACUCCUCUAAAGCUUCAGUAGGCUAAAACUAAACUCAGCUAGAAUUUAAUAAUCUUUGCAAAGAUUACAAAGAUUAAAAACCCUAUCUC